AUGAGGACAUACGCACUGUUAAAUACAUUACUUAUAGUUAUUGCAAGAAGUCCUUUUAUAAUCGGAAAUCCCUUAAAUUAUGGCUGGGAAGACGAGUUUUUAAAAACAACAGAAGAUCGGAUUAAAGAACAUGGAUAUCCAGGCGAAACACAUAGAGUCGAAACUAUCGACAACUAUGUAAUAACAAUGUUUCGCAUACCCUAUUCACAUAAGCUAAACAACCAAAAUGAGAAACGCCCAACAGUUCUUCUACAACAUGGUCUUUUAAGUUGUUCAGAUGGUUGGAUAUUAAGUGGACCUAAUGACGCACUUGCAUUUCUUUUAGCUGAUGCAGGUUAUGAUGUAUGGAUGGGCAAUGCUCGUGGAAAUCGUUAUUCACGUAAUAAUACCCGUUUAUCAACAUUACAUCCAUACUUCUGGCGUUUUAGUUGGCAUGAAAUUGGUAUUAAUGACAUAUCUGCGAUGAUUGAUCAUAUUCUUCAGACUACUGGAGAGACAGCAACGCAUUAUGUUGGACACUCACAAGGUACCACUGUUUACUUUGUGCUAAUGUCAUCUCGUCCGGAAUAUAAUGAAAAAAUCAAAACUGCACACUUAUUGGCACCUGUGGUUUUUAUGGGUAACAUGAAAACAGUGCUAGCUAAAUAUACGAGAAGAUUUAUUGGUCGUCCAAAUCAGUUGACAAGAAUGUUUGACACAAUGGAAAUAUUGCCUAGUACAUUGUUCUUUAAAAAUAUAUAUGAUAUCUAUUGUAUGAAGGAUCCAAAAUUGGCGUAUAUGUGCAAAAAUUUAUUUACUUUAUAUAAUGGCGAAUUGGGCAGGGAUAGCAAUAUGAAUAUGACAGUGAGUGAUCGUAUGAAUGAGACCCAUCCAGCAGGAGCAUCUUCAACGCAAGUCUUGCACUAUAUGCAGGAAUAUGAAUCAGGACGUUUUUGUCAAUUGGAUUUCGGACAGAAGGAGAAUUUAAAGAAAUAUGGUCAAAGUACACCACCAGAUUACAAUUUAGCUAAUAUUGAUCCAGAUGGAUUACAUUUCUACUACUCUGAUGAAGACCAGUUGGCUUCGGAAAUAGACGUUGAAUAUUUAGCUGCACAAUUAAGUAAAGAACCAAAUAUGUUUCAUGUACCAGAUCCAACUUUUACUCACAGUGAUUUUGUGUGGUCUAAUCAUGUUAAGGAGAUGAUUAACGAUCGUAUAAUUAACGCUUGUAAUUUAUAUGAACAAUCAUAACUUCAAGCAUUUCGGAUACAUACAUAUAUCAGGAGUGCGUAAAUAUUUCUAAUUAUUAUUUUAUCAAUUUCGGUUAUUUUUAGUGUAGGAAUUCGUUCACAUAAAUAUAAUUUAUUCUUAU